CUGUUUAUAUUGGAAAUAUUGUUGUUAAUAGUUGGAUGGGUUGUCUAAUUUUAUUUACCAUAAUUUAUGCCAAAUGGAUGAAAACAUUGGGUCAAAAACAAGAAGCAAAGGUUACUGCCGCUGCUGCUGAAAAUGAAACUUAA